GUGGUCUCUGUUACUCCGGGCGGAGGAUGCGAGCACAGGCAGGCAGCGGCGGCUGGCUGGUACGGGCAGCUCAGAUGGGGCUCAGCGGGGGCAUCACCGUGGGCCUUUUCCUGCACCCUACAGAUUUGCGCCAGCAGGUCUUGCAGGGGGAACUGCUUCCACCGCUGCUGUUCAGCUGCUUGGUCCUCUGCUCCGUCUCGCUCUACUUUGUGGUCUCUUUCAUGGAUCCGGGCUAUGUGGAACAGGACGAGGAUGAGGGGGAAUUGCUGAGCGAAGAACAGCAAGUGAUGAUAUCUCAGCAAGACUCAACCCUUCGUCUCCGACGCUGUGGUUACUGCAUGCUUAAGCAGCCGAUGCGGGCAAAACACUGCCAGGCCUGCCAGCACUGUGUCCGCCGCUACGACCACCACUGCCCCUGGAUCGAGAACUGCGUCGGGGAGAGGAAUCACGCCCUCUUCCUCGUCUACUUGGCUGUUCAGCUCGCGGUUCUGCUGUGGGCUCUUCCGGCGGCUUGGUCCGGCCUUAAGUUUGGGCAGCUGUCCUGGGCGUGGCUCCAGCACAACCUCCUCCUGCUCCUGGCCUUCCUGGUGAUGGCUGUCUCCACGCUGGUGGCGGUCCUCCUGCUGGCUUCGCACCUCUACCUGGUCUCCUGCAACACCACCACCUGGGAGUUCAUGUCCCGCCAUCGCAUCUCCUACCUGAGACGCUGCGAGGCGGAGAACCCUUUCGACCGGGGUGUCUUCCUCAACCUCUGGGGCUUCUUCUGCGCCUGCCGCCUCGUGGCGUGGGAAAAGCUGUAUCCCCGGGAGGACGGCAGCGCCGUGUGAGCGCUGAGCGAGCCCGAGCGAGGGUCAAACAGACCGCCGGUGGCUUCCUGUAAUGCCAACGAGCUUCUGACUCGGGAGGCGGAGCUCCUGCACAAAGGCCCUGCUCGUUGCCUGACCUCGUACAAAGAGGCCACGAUCCCGUUACGGAGCGACCCCCUUGGAAAUGUUGCCGGUCGAUGGUAGCGGCCUCUCGGGUUAGCGGCCUCGGUGCUCUCCAGCUUGCGGACAGCUUCUGGGAGAGAAAACGGAAGGGAGGAUCUCGUUGUUCCACGGGGAGAAUUCUCCAGCAACCGUCCGCCGAAAUGCUGGCUUGAAAAGCCACGUGUCUUCAUGCCUUAUCGGGGGCGGAAGUUCGGGGUGUUGGUCCUGUGGCGUGGGCACGGGCCUCGCUGUUCCAACUGUUAACAUUGUGCCUUGAAGUGUUAUAUCGAAAGCUUUAAUAAAGAUUGUUCUACGAAAA